ACCCGCUUUUAUACGUCGCUUCCUGUUUUCUUGCGGCAUCACUUCGUGUAAUAUAUAUAUGGGCAUGUUCAGAUAAGAACGGUAAUCGAGGUCCCAUGACCAUUUUUUGUUUUCAAUGAAAUUUUUAUAUCUGAUGGGCAAAUGUGUCCACACAAAGGAAUGAACCUUAGUUUUGCAAGAAACUUCGUAGUUUUCUCGGAAAAAAAUCGUAUGUCACAAGAGGUGGAGAACAUCGUUUUUGCCACUUCGCAAAGUUGCAAGUUUGGAGCCUCACUGCAUGCACAAUAAAUUUUUCCCGCACAUAAGUAUCUUUUCGUUACUUUUUCGUAACAUGUACUAUACGAACAAAUAAAAAAACAAUUUUUCGCUGUGUCAAUCUUCUAAAUAAAAAAUCGCAAACUUCGCUUCCGGAGCUAUUCGGUGCAAAAAAGGCACUUUUCAGGGCAGCCUCAGGGCAAGAUGCGUAAAUAUCUCCACACUUAAUCUUUUUCUCAGUAUUUUCCAGCUACCUUUACUCACUUUAGGCAAGUUUUGUAGUUUUAAACUUGACAGAUAUUUUUCAAUAUGGCCUCAAAUUUGGCCAAAGAUCAAAAACGUCAAAAAAGUGACAACUUUGAUUUCUAUUUAAAAAAAAACAUCAUCGUCGAAUUUCAUUAAAAUUUGCCUGAAUAAUCCUCAAUACUCGAUAAUAUUAGGGUACCGAAAAGUGUUGCAUUAUAUUGUUUUAAAGUAUGAAAAUUAAUACAAAACUGACUUCAUAAUUUCAAUCCCUACGAUUGCUCAGUAUUUUCUCUUAGGAUGCGCUAUCGUGAGAAGCUGGAUUUAGUAUUGCUGUUUUUUUUUUUUUUUUGUGGGUAAAUUUUAAAUGUUACAGUUGCUGAGUUCAUAAGUGUAAUUUUUAUGUUUUUUUUUUCUCUUACAAUCAAAGGUCUAAAGCUCCUAUUCGCUUUCGUACUCUUCUAACAGUGGGACUUAAAUUACUGUAAGCAUAUUUGAGAACGUUAUCUUCUAGUGACGUGUGGUUAGUGGUCGUUUAUGCAAACAUUUAUUGCACCCGUCGCUACUCUCAAGAUGCCUUUAACGAGCUGCCGCCGCUCCAUGGAUGAACCGUGCUUGGCAGCCGCUCCUAUAGCUAUAUAACGCCCGGCGCGACCCCGAAUUUCAUAGCACCAUGUGUGCCGCCACCACACCGAGGCUUUAGCCGCCGCUAUCAUCUUUCCAUCGCAACGCACCGAACGCCUGGCAGUUAUACCUUAGCCUUGGACCUUCGACCGAGACAGGCCCGAUGAGCGGAUGCUGUCCGGAUCUCGAGUUUCGCGCGUCGUUUUGCAGGCAUGGUAGACGGUGGGGUCGUUUUCUGUACUCACGUGGUUUCUCUGCGCUCGAAGGCUCCCACGACAAGCAUACUUGGUAUCCCAGUCUCAGCUCGUACGCCAGACCGAACCAGCGUCAGUGUCGACGGCGGGAAGCCUGUGUUAAAAAUCCAUCCAUCUGUCCAUCUCCUUUUUUUUGGAAAAGCAGCCCUGGGCCCUGCAUCCGUCACCUGCUCUUCUGUCCUACGAUAAUCUUCGGAAGCGGUGAGCUUUUGCAUUCAUGAAGAGAUUUCCGCGGCGAACGUUUUGUGCCGACUACUCAAAAAAGCACAAACAGAGAAUUGAAAAAGGACGUAAUUUUCGCAGUGUAAAGACCCUCAAUGUCGCUGCUCUCAAAGAAGUCCUGCUUCCCGAAGAAGCUCUCCGAGUACGAGAAAGUGACUUCAUCUGUCAGAAUUGUUACCGUUGGUUCAAGGAAGACAUAGAUAAAAUAUGCAGGCAGAGUCAACCGAAACAUUCGAAGAAUUCCGCCCUGGAGAAGAAAUCGUAGAAAAUUUAAACUCCAGUGUCAGCCUUACCUCCGAAAUCUCGCCCCUAAAGCCACCGAGCGCUCUAAAAAAACCCUCAGACUUUCCUAUGCAAAGCGAAAGCAGGGAGAGGUGGCAAGAGCUAUGGUGACGAAAAUACGAUCAGGGAUACAGGCAGCAUAUAAUAUCCCAGGGACUUCGCGUGCGUCACAAGAAAAGUGUGCGCAGUGCAGCAACUGGGAAGACAACCUACAUGCUGCCUACAAUAGGUGUACGUCCUUUCAAGAGCGUUGCCAGUUGCUGACACUGCUACCACGCAACCUAACCGUGAAAUAUGUGCAGGAAGUUAUUCCAGAGGCAACGAGGUACGUUAUUCAAAAAUCGAAGAAGAUGGUGGAUGAAGAAGGCGUAUGGUCAACACAGGAGCGAUAUACAAGAUGUAAGCUACAACACGAAGACAUUACCACCGUUUUAGAAUAUUACACCAUGGAUAAACUCGAUUGCUCUAGACAGACACCGAACAAAAAGGAUGUUGUGAGAAUCGAAAAGGAGGGAGAGAAGGAAUGGGUACCUAAACGGUUCAUGACGCGGUCCUUGCGAGAAGCAUUCCGCCUCUACAAGCAAGCUCACCCUGCCUCCCAGGUUGGCCUCACAAAAUUCAUAUCCUUGCGUCCUAAGUGGGUGAAAUGCUCGCCACAGUGGCAAGUGUGUGUUUGCGUGUGCUUUGCAAACUUUCAGUUGUGCCUCGUGGGACUGCAGAACGCCUCCGGAAGGUCGCUUUCUCCCAAUGAUAUGCAGAGUCUCUGUGUAUGCCAAGAACCUACUGCGUCAUGUUUCCUCAGGAAUUGUGAGCACUGUCCACAAGAUGACAUUUUCACUUUGGAAAAUUUUGAUAUGAGCAGCGAGGACGAGGUGUUGAUUGCUUCAUGGGAAUACGGUGAGCUAGUUAAAAAAACUCUGACCGCUUCAUCAUUUAUGAGAGAAUUUAAAAGAAUGACCAUGAAAUGGAUUCCCCACAACUAUAUCAGAUCUGUGCAAGCAAAAGCAAUACAUGAAGAAAAACAGAGCUGCGAGAGAGGUGCAAUUGUAUUGCAUUUUGAUUUCGCCGAAAACUGGACAGUUGUGCUUCCAGACGCAGUACAAGCGUACCAUUGGCAGAAGAAGCAGGUCACCGUGCUUACCUGCGUUGUCACGUCAAGAAAAUCGACUCGGAACUACGCCGUUAUUUCCGACGAUAUGUCUCAUGAUUCAGCUCAUGCAUGUUUUGCUCUGUCGAAAAUCAAAGCACAUCUCGAAGACAGCGCGCCAAUCUACACUAAGGUAACACAUGUGAGCGACGGGGCUCCCGCUCACUUCAAGAAUAAAUAUCAGUUUCAUGAGCUAGAACGCAGUGAAUGUCAAGAGACGAAAUGGAUGUUUUCGGCCACUGGACACGGCAAAAAUGCUUGCGACGGCGUUGGUGGGCUUGUGAAACAUGGAGCAUCACACCACAACUUGCGGAAGCCUGCAAGUGAGGCCAUACAAACAGCCAGCGGGUUCGUGGACACAAUUCAAGGAACGCUAAAGAACAUCACCAUUCUGGAGCUCCGACAGAGGGAGCUUGCAGACUUUCGCGAAAUGAAGAAGGAAGAAUGGAAAACGGCAAAGAAAGUGCCUGGAGUUCAGACGCUCCACAUGUGGAAGUAUGUUCAAUCAAAUGAAGGCAGUGCAUCCUACGUGGCCUCCACCGCUGCUUCGGAAUGGAAGAGACUGCGAUCUGGUUUGUGCUUCGGGCUGGACAAUAUACUGUGCGCAUACCGAAGUCAACUGCUGCCCUUUAUUUCUUGUUACGAUUUUCUGAAUUGCAAUCUGCAGAUAAAGCGGCAUACCAUUUGUAAAUUGUGUCCAGAUUAAAACUCCUGCUGAUUAAAAACCUUGCAGAUAAAUUGUCCCCCUCAGAAGACGACGUUUCGUCUCCUGACAGUGCUUUGUAGAACCAUUGAACACAGAGGUAAACAGAUGCAGGUCCGGACACGUCGGCUUCAGAAACACAUUAAUAUUCAUUUUUAUAUAUAAA